UAACAUCAAACACCACACUACUGUUUGAACGCAUGGGCAAAACACAGUACAAAUGUUUUGCUGGCGUGUUGACAUGAGUGGGGUGGUGGCUGCUAUGGUGCGGUGUGAUAUAUAUGGUGAGCUUUGUGCCUCGCUGCGCGAAGGUUUCUGUACCGCUUCGACGUCCUGGUAUCUUGACUAUUGACUAGUCUUCUUGCCCAGGUCCAUUGUCCUGCUAUCUGUCUGAGGAGCACAUUCGGUUCAAUAAGGCGAAUUAAUCAUCGCUCAUCAGUAACAUGGCAUCGCAGGGCGGCAUGCCUCCUUCCAUGGCAGCACAAGGACCUCCAUAUCCUCCCAUGGUAUGGCCAUCAGGCGGUCCUCCGAUCAAGCGCAUCGACAUUCCAGCUCAAACAAUUUUCAUGUUCUUCUUCAUGAUUGGAGCGGGGGUACACAUGAAAAUAUUCCAGAAAAAUAGAGCACGAGGACAUAAAUUUCUGGCAAACAUCUUCAUCUUCGGCUUUUGCAUGGAGCGCAUACUCACAUCGAUACUACGACUCGCAUCAGUUUCGAACCCAACGAACGUUCGACUUGCCAUCGCUGCACAAAUCUUCGUCUCCGCAGGUGUUCUCAUCCUAUUCGUCAUCAAUAUUGUUUUCGCAAUACGUCUAGUGAGAUCGACGCAUCCAUCAGUGGGCUGGCAUCCUGCUUUUGGAAUCGCAUUCAAGGUCCUUUACGUAUUGAUUGGUCUAACACUUGUCGCUGUCAUUACGGCCACCGUCCAGAGCUUCUAUACCCUCAAUCCAAACACUCGAGCUACCGACCGCAGCUUCCAGCAAUACGGCGCAACAUUUCUUGCAAUCGUCGCGAUACUGCCUUUACCGAUUACGAUGCUCACACUGCUCAUUCCCUACUCACCACUUGACCGCUUCGGUAUCGGCCGUCUCCGUACAAAAGUCAUAGUUCUACUGAUUAGCACAACGCUCCUCUCCAUUGGCGCAUGGUUUCGCUGUGGCGUUACCUUCCAAGCACCAGUUCCACGGUCGCAACCUCUACCAGGAUAUCUCGGCAAGGCACCAUUCUACAUCUUCAACUUUCUCGUCGAAAUCCAGACUGUGCUCAUGUAUGCCAUACUUCGCAUAGAUCUCCGCUGGCACGUUCCUGAUGGCGCAAAGGGGCCAGGUAGCUAUGCUAGACCACAGAUGCACGACGUGGAAAUGCAAGAUUCGAGACCUACAUCCUCGGAUAGUGUACAAGACGAUAAGAGAUCCCUGAAGACUAUCAGCGAGGAAGAAGAGAAAGAAAUCAAUGACGAGAAGGUUGAAGAGCUCGCUGCACCCAGGAUCAUAGAGAUUGACCUUGGAAACUCUUCACGUAGCUCGCUCGCGCCGCCAGACAUGGAGGUACGCAGGAGUUCAGCCCGUAGCUCUCUUGUACCACCAAAAGCGACAGACAGGUCAGCACGUAGCUCCGUCAUCUCUCAACGCCUGUCUUCUUUCAUCAGCAAAUCCACCAGUACACUGGCCACCUUUGCAACGGCAGAACAGAAGCAGCGAUGGCGCGAAAGCGAAGAGGGAAGGAUAAUUAGGAGAUUGGGUGGACCAUGGCAGCAACUCCCUAGUCCUACUGAGUCGGCUUUUAGCAUCAGCAGGAGUCCGACGAAGAGCGUUUUUAGUCGUACUACAGGAGACGACCUGGAACCACCUCAACCAGCAUACCACCAACGGAGCGAUAGCGGUGCGCCCAGCAUACCAGAUGUUGUUAGCGAGGGCGGAUGGACGCCGAGAAUCGAGUGGGAAUUCCGCAGUCCCAGACGUUUUCUCAGCCUGAAGAAGAGGAGUAUGAUCGGUUUGCAGCUUCCCAAAUGAGCCCAUAAAUACGUAUAUGGGGUUGUGUGAUGAGGUGUUUACAGCGAAGGCGUUUUUGGGAUGAAAAGGUAUAAUUCUACUGCUGGGCAGCAAAGCUCUUUCCUUGUGUUCAACAUACCCCAUCUCUUUCUGGUAUGGAGACGAUGGUCGUCUACAUAGACUUUGCGUCUUUCUUCUUUUUUCUCUGUACGUGUACGAUAGCAGCGGCAUUACCAACGAUAUACC